AUGUCUUCUUACGAAUCUAAACUAUCUAAGUUUUCAGCUUGCGAUGUUUCUGACGGCCUUUUGAACUUGUACAAUGAUGCAUCCGGUGGCUUUCUUCCCAACUUGCAUAAAUGGUCCGGCCCUGAAAACGGUGUUGUCCUAGGUCGAGCGUAUACUGUUCUGUUCGCACCUGUAGACGACCCAAGACCUGAAAUUAACUACAUCGAUGCGGUAGAAGCAGGGAGCGUGAUCGUUAUCGCCCUUACUAUUCCUCUUCAAUUGGAAACUGCACCGUACAGUAGAGUAUCGCAGGCAAUGUACGGCGGUUUAAUGUCCCGAAGAGCUCAAUACCUGAAAUCUAAGGGCACUGUAGUUUUUGGUCGCAUCAGAGACGUGGACGAGCAGAGGGAACUUAAUUAUCCUGUUUACAGCUAUGGACUGGGGACCUGUGCGUCCAGACUCGCCGUCAAACCGGUCGAGGUUCAAGUUCCAUUGCAGGUCUUAGUGUGCGAAUCUAAAAUACAGAAUAUACAUCCGGGUGAUUACAUCUUGGGUGACAACAAUGGGGUCGUUCGCAUUCCUACGACUAGCGUUGACAUGAGCAAACUCAUAUGUUACAUUCAGAAAUCAAUCGAGGCCGACAAGCUUGUUGUUCAAGAUGUUGCAGCAGGGAAACAGCUGAAAAGCUCUCAGAGGGAACGUAGAGCGGUGCUCAAGCAGCUUUGCAAGGACUAG